AUGUACUUGAUAAUGGAUAAUAAAGCGCUAAAACACUCAUGGGAUUACAAUCUUUGUCUUCUCAUAUUUUUAAUGGUGACAUGCGCUUCACCCUUUAUGAUGUUCUCACUCAAAACAUUUUUUGAUAUACUUAUUAACAGAGACUUCCUGUUAAAAUGGCUCUUGAUUUAUAAGUUCGCAAUUGCUUUAUCAAUUAUUAUAUUCAGUACAUUUAUAAGGGUUAAUUCGAGGUCUCUAAAAUAUUCAGUAUUGACAAUGUCAACCUUACUGAUAAUACAACCAAUAGUGAUACUAUAUAGUUAUCGUAACUAUUUAAAGUGUUCCCUAUAUUUAUUAGGUAUACUUUGCGGAUUUGUUCAGGGUCUUAUUUAUAUGGGUUUGAUUCCAUUUAUGAAGAAUUCCAAGUUUACUGGGAAAUACACUUGGCCAGCACACAUUUUUGCUGAUAUACCAUUAACCUCGUUUUUUAUUCUCACAAUUAACUCUUUAACCAACAGAACGUUUGAUUAUAUUUCGAUUAUUUGGUACGUAUAUUCUGUGAUGGCUAUUAUAACAUUUGGAAUAUUUUUAAUAAUCCUGCGAAUUGAAAAAUACGAAAAAUGCUUAGUGGUAUCUCCAAGUGAACGGAAGAUAAUGGAAGAAAUUGUGCUUGAGAGGAGGCUUAGUAAUUGUUCAACAAAUAUAGCAGACACUCAUUAUACUCGUAGAGAUGAUAAUAUCUUUGAUCGUGUCAAGUACUCAAUUGGCACUAUUGCAAUAUGGUGGAAGCUGGCUCUGCUGAUAACUAUAUCAACUAUAACUUUUUCAUUGCCUAUACCAUUCAUAAUAGACAAUCCUUUAACCCAACCCAUUAUAAUAAGGUAUUUCUUGUACAGUGGCGUGUUUAGGGUUUUGUGUUUGACAAUUCCAUUUUUUUCCAGGAAUUUUUCUCUAGGAAAUACAUCUGCAACAAUAAUAUCAUUUUUCUCCUGUAUUUACAUCACAAUACCCUCAUUGAUCACUUUGAUCACCAGACAUCACGGCAUCUUUAUGGAAUUACUCCUAUCUCUAUCAUCAUUAGUGCAGUCGUUAGUGAUAUGUGGGUUGCUGUCUAACUUGCCAAAUUUACUGCAAGACAAUAAAAGUGAUAAUAGGAAGAAUUCACUCCUGGCAAUGGUUGUGCUAAUCACUUUUAUUGGUCAUGCAUUGGGGAUUAUAUCUGGCCAGAUCACAAAUCGAUUAACCGCAGCAUAA